AUAGAGCUGUUUAAAGCAACCAAAACUGAAGAUCUAAUCUUAACUGAACGGGAGAAUAAUGAAAUACUUCUGAAAAGGGAUCAUCCUUUGCUGUAUGAAGAUAACGAAUAUUUAUGUGUACUUACCAGUUAGUUGGAAAUAUCAACUCACUACAUGUUUACUUCUACUGCUGUUACGCAUUAUAGUUAUUGUACAAGGUGUAUAUUCUUCCUAAUUCUUUUUGGUAAACACAGAUAUAUAGCCCAAUUCUUCCCUUCCUUACUUGGUUGGAUUCCGUAUUCAAAAGGCGACAGUUGUGAUUCUACGGAAGCGUCUAACUGUUAUGGUUCCUUCUGUGUUAACAAUCGUACUCCACCUAACCUGAAGGAUAUGUUUGAUACACAUGAUAAAAAGAAUGGUAGACGCAACAACGAAACUGGGCAAUCUUAUCGAAUGGUUCUUAACAGUCUUGAGGAAUCUGUUAUAAAGGUGUCUCCUCUACCAGAAUCUUAUCCCACUUCUGAUAGUAGUGGUAAUUAUCAGCUUCCUCUUGAAAAUUCUGUUCUACAACGGUCAACAGAUAAUAUAUCAGGAAGUUGUACUAAUAUUGUACAAUCCAAUCAUUCAUCUGAGUUAGUUCCUUUUAAUGCCAAUGAACUGUCAAUAAUUCCUGUAACUCAACAGGAAGAUGUAGCAAAAGUGAACUUAAUCAAUGCAACGAGCACAAAAUUGUCAUCAUCUACAGAAAUGUCUAUUUCAAAUGAUUCUGUGAAAUCAUCACCAUCAUCUUUACCAUCUUCAUUACUAUCACACAUUGGCACACCUGGUGGACUUAUCAUGAAUGCAGAACUGGCUAAAUUUAUUCAAGAGCAAGCUAGUCAGGUUGCAGCUAGACAACAGAGAUUCAACAUGUCUACUACUACAACUACCACCACUACCACUACUAUGGUCAAUAGUAAUAGUCAACAACUUACUUCCACUGGUGGUGGAGAUGGCACUACAGGAAAUCUAGUUUCCGAAGCUUCUAUAAAAAGUUUAUCCACAGGCAAAACAUCUUUGACCACCACUUUAACAAGAUUAAGCUUAAGUGGAGCGUUUAAACGAGAUCUGCCACCGAGGUACGCUAAACUAUUACAAACCGAAUUAUACGAAAAAGAAGCACUGGAAAAUCGACGUAAUCAGAAACAAAAAGAGUUGAACUCAUCACUACUGCUAAUUGAUCAACCUGCUCCAUUGGCACGUAAAGAGUCUGAGGCACCUACAGAUUUAAUCUCGUUAUUAUCAUCAUCCGAUGUAAAAGCGCCUAUACAUCAUGAACAGAAUGUAGAAUCUCUUGAAUUGAAUCUCUCCUCGAAGCAAAUGUUUCACCUACCAAACAGUAUAGAUUCGAGUAUGCACAAUCCUUCGCCAAACUAUCCAUCCUCAAUACCUCAGUCAUUAGUACCUGCAAAUAUAGAAUCUUCUGGCAUACCGUUCCCUAGUCCAGACUUUUUCUUUAGGCCACCUAUUACGGCUAGUGCUGCGGCAUUAGCUAACCUGUCAUCAUCAAUGAGUAUGAAGUCGUAUUUCCCAACAGAUUUCCAGUCAUCAUCACUGCCGCCUAUCCAUCCGAUUGCAUCAUCACUGAAUCAGACUUCUUUUCAAAGUAAUUGGCCUACAUCCACUACAGACGCGUAUAUUCCUCCUCAGUCACAUAUCAAUCACUUUUAUAAUCCAACUGUGACAUCUCAACAUUUACCAUUCCUGCCAAUGAAUAAUAAUCAUGUAAAUUCUUCACAUCAUCAAUUUACAAAUCUCAAUAUUCCUUAUCAUCCCUUAAAUUUGACGGGAUUCACCUCUCCUCCUCCGCCUCCUGCAACUUGUAUUAUUGAACAACAGGUGAAUUUCUCAAAUCCUAUUGAUAAUAGUGAUAAAAGCAACAACAAUAACAACAGUUAGUCAUUAUCAUCAAUACAACAAGAUUACAAACUAUCAGAUGAGAAUGCCUUCCACUAUUCAGCAAUCCCAUAUAGACUGAAUCGUUUGCUACAGUGUGCUGAUGGAUUUUCAUCACCACCGCAUGAUCAGUUGCCAGGUUAACACUUCACAGAUUAACCACUUAUCCUUUUGUCAACUGUUCGAUUAGUUAUUAUUGGUUUAUUAUCCACAUAUAUUUCUUCGCUUUUUUGGCGAUACCACUACCAUUGUAUAAUUUUAUCGAUUGUGCAUGUUAUGUAUACCAGUAGUAGUAAAUUAGUUGAAUGCAAAUCGUGUUGGUGGGA